GUCAGUGUCACUAUUUGUCAAAAUGUUAUCAGAGAGGUUAUGAAAUAAAUUUGAACAUUUCUUUUUUGUUUUGUUAGAAAUAUUGUUCAUUAAAUUAGUUGUUACUGGUAAACUAAUUAUUACCUGCGGCAAAAGAUGAAUUUCUUGCGUAGAGGUUUAUCGCUGCUUUCCAUCGGUAUCAAGGCGCAAUGUAAACAAUUACCAGUUCCAGCGCUGCCCGCGCCGCCGCCGGCCGCUGCGGCGCCAAUGUUCCAGCCGCUGGGCAUACUGUCCAGAGCAAUGGCUUCGCUCAACCAGAUGCAUAGAACAGGACCUCACAUUAAAUUAAGAAAGUCUAGGAAUCCGCUCAAUGGAAACCCAUUCGCUAAGGGAGUAGUGCUAAAGACUCUGAUAAAGAAACCAAAGAAGCCGAACUCUGCCAACCGCAAGUGUGUGUUGGUGCGACUCUCGAACGGCAAGGAGAUGGUGGCGUACGUGCCGGGCAUCGGGCACAACCUGCAGGAACACAACAUCGUGCUCGUCAGGGUCGGCAGGUUGAAGGACUGUCCCGGAGUGAAGCUGAAGUGUGUGCGCGGCAAGUACGACCUGCCGCAUGUGAUCAAACAGAAAGUGUAGUUGCGACCUAGUCUAGUGCCCUUAGUACAAUAUAAUAUAUUACUUGAUACCUCAA